UUUUUCGCCAGAAUCUGACACACAUCCCACCACGUCUAAAACACCUCUGACUUGUUCUUCUCCGCCGCUCACCCACCUCCGUCCAUUUGUUUCUUUAAAAUUCUGGUUAAACUCUGUACUAUGAAGAUGGAUGAGAGGAGAGUUUUGUCAUUGAGGAAUGUUUUGAUGGUGUCUUUGGCUUUGAAUGUUGGGCUGAUUUUGAGGAUUGGGUAUGUGGGUGAGAGUUGGAGGAGAUCAGAACAGAGCUUUUCUGGGUUGUGUUUGGAGAAGAAGCAGGAAAACAGAGGCGCUUCCAUGGCGGAUUCUUCCCUGAAAGUGGUGCACGUUAGCGAGAGGAAUCAUGUGUCGUCGUCAUCAACUUCUUCGACUGCUCGUACGGAAUUUGAAGAUGCUGGAGAAAGCGUCAUCAAUCUCGAACAGGGAGAUCCAACAAUGUAUGAGAGGUAUUGGAAGGAGAUGGGUGAGAAAACCACACUGGUGAUUUCAGGGUGGCAAUCCAUAAGCUAUUUUUCUGAUCUCACAAACCUCUGCUGGUUUUUGGAGCCAUCAUUUGCAGACUCAGUUCUUAGAUUGCACAAACUGGUGGGAAAUGCGGUCACCCAAGACCGACACAUCGUGGUUGGAACUGGUUCAACCCAACUCUUUCAGGCUGCAUUGUAUGCACUCUGCCCACCCAAUGGCUCCGAGCCCAUGAGCGUUGUGUCAGCUGCCCCUUAUUACUCGUCUUAUCCAUUGAUGACUGACUUCCUCAAAUCUGGGCUAUACAAAUGGGGUGGUGAUGCACAUAGAUUCAGCAAAGACAACAACAACAACAACAGGAGGCCUUACAUUGAGAUUGUAACCUCCCCAAACAACCCUGAUGGUUCCACCAGACGAGCCGUGGUCAACCGAAUUGACGGAAUUCUGGUUCAUGAUCUGGCUUACUACUGGCCCCAAUACACUCCAAUCACUUCUCCGGCGGAUCAUGAUCUCAUGCUGUUCACCGUCUCCAAAAGCACCGGCCAUGCCGGAACUCGGAUCGGUUGGGCUCUUGUUAAAGAUAAAGAAGUAGCAAAAAAAAUGACAAAAUUCAUAGAGCUCAACACCAUAGGUGUCUCCAAAGAUUCACAGCUCCGGGCCGCCAAGAUCUUGCAGGCGGUGGCUGAUAGCUGUGACCGUGGUGGUGUUGGUAGCCCUGAAGAAGGUCAAGCCACCUUCUUUGAGUAUAGCCACAAUCUCAUGGCUAAGAGGUGGAACCAACUCAGAGCAGCUGUGGAGAAGAGUCAACUGUUCAAUUUACCUGAGUUUCCUUGUGGUUUUUGCAAAUUCAGUGCUCAAAGUUUUCAAUCUCAACCAGCAUUUGCAUGGUUGAAAUGUGAAGGGGAAAUGGAGGACUGUGAAAGCUUGCUUAGGAGAUGGAGGAUAUUGAGUAGGGGAGGGAAGCACUUUGGGGAUACCCCAAAGUAUGUUAGAAUUAGCAUGUUGCCACGUGAUCAAAUAUUCCACCUCUUCACUCACAGGUUGUCAACAAUCCAAUCUUGACUCUUAUCUCUCGUGUAACUCUUUCCGGGCAUGUUUGAUUUAUAGGAUUAGGACAGUUGGUUGAGAUUAUUAAUUUGUGUGCUUAAUAAUUUUUUAUUUGUUUUAAAAUUUUAUUUCAAGAUUAUAAAUAUAAUGUAUAAUUAAUUCAAUAAAUUUAUAGAAUUAUUAAUAAUAAGGUAGAGGUGGAAUUAUAUAUCA